ACAUUGUCAAAAUUUUGGGAAGGGACCAGGCCUGCAACUGCACAACACCACCUGCACCGCCGACAUGUCUGUGAACCCGCGCAAGAGAAAGGUCGUCACCCGGCCAGCGCCGCCGCCUGAGAGCGACUCGGAGGAAGAGCUGGCCGACGGGCUUUUGGAGGGAAUCCUGUCGCAUUCUGAAGACGACUCGGACGACGAGCAGGAAGAGGGCGAUGACACCGAUGCUAGCAGCAUCAUUGAGGGUCUGUCUGACGAGGACGCCGAGGACGAGGAUGAGGCCGACAGCGACGAGGAGGGGAUCCGCGAGCAGAUUCGCAACCUGAACACUUCAGACGGCCCGCUCAAGCGCAAGACGGCUGGCCUGACGCAUGACAUGGACCUGGACGCUGGCGCAGACGGCGAGCUGGACGACGACGACGAGGACCUCAAGCCCAACUACACGGUCGCCACCGACGCCAAUGGCAACAAGCGCUACAUCUACAAGGAAAUCGACCCCGUCUACGAGUCGGACGACUCCGACGCCGCCGAUGUGACCAACACAAUCGGCGACAUUCCCCUCACCUACUACGACGAGUACCCCCACAUUGGCUAUGACAUCAACGGCAAGAAGAUUAUGCGCCCUGCCAAGGGCGAGGCGCUGGAUGCUCUGCUGGACAGCAUCGACAUCCCCAAGGGCUGGACUGGUCUCACAGACCCCCAGACUGGCAAGCCGCUGAACCUGACCGACGAGGAACUGCAGGUGCUCAAGAAGCUCACCAGGAACGAGAUUGUAGAGGAGGGCUACGACCCAUACCCAGACAUGGUGGCCUACUUCUCUGGCAGGCUGGAGGUCAUGCCGCUCAGCGCUGCACCAGAGCCGAAACGACGAUUCGUGCCUUCAAAGCAUGAAGCCAAGCGCGUCAUGAAGAUUGUCAAGGCCAUCAGAGAAGGUCGCAUCCAGCCGUACAAGGCGCCAGAGGAAGAGGAGGAGCAACAAGAGACUUACUACGAUGUGUGGUCCGACGAGAAGCCGCGCCCUGAGCACUCGAUGCACAUUCCCGCUCCCAAGCUACCCCCGCCAGGCUACGAAGCGAGCUACCACCCUCCCCCCGAGUACCUACUAGACAAGGCCGAGGAAGAGGCGUGGCUGCAGGAGGAUGAGGAGGAUCGGGAGAGAGAGUUUCUUCCCAAGAGCUACGAUGCGUUGCGCAAGGUUCCUGGUUACGAGACAUUCGUCAAGGAACGCUUCGAACGCAGCUUGGAUCUAUACUUGGCCCCGCGAGUACGAAGAAACCGACUCAACAUCGACCCUGAGUCGCUGCUUCCAAAGCUGCCAGAUCCAGAAGACCUGAAGCCCUUCCCGACCACCUGCGCGGCUAUCUUCAGAGGCCAAGAAGGCCGUGUCCGGUGUGUUUCAAUCGACCCAAUGGGCAUCUUCGUCGCUAGUGGAGGCGACGACGGUCACGUCCGCAUAUGGGAGCUUCUGACAGGCCGUCAAGUCUGGAACGCAAAGUUGUCCGACGACGAGGCCGUUGAUUCAGUACAGUGGAGGCCAGUAAAGGAUGCCUGCAUCCUCGCCGCUGCAACUGGUGAGAGUGUCUACCUCAUUGUUCCCUUCACAUUACUAUCCCCCGACGUCGAGCAGAGCAGUCGCGAAGUCCUCGACGCUGGUUGGGGCUACGCAACCUCCAAACCGUCCAAAACAACCAACGGUGAAGCCCCCAAGCUACCACCAGGUAAGUGGAGUCGCCCUGGUGUUCGUAUGGAAAACAAGGGCAUUCUUGUCCAAGUCGAAGUGCGCUCCGCCAUCAAAGUAAUCAACUGGCACCGUCGCGGUGACUACUUCGCCACCGUCUCCCCCCGCGGUCAGAGUACCGCAGUAGCCAUCCACACUGUCUCUAAACAUCUCACUCAACUGCCCUUCCGCCGCCUCAAGGGCAUCGCGCAAACCGCACAGUUUCAUCCUUCCAAGGCCAUCUUCUUCGUCGCCACCCGUAAUACCAUCCGCAGCUACGAUCUCGCCAAGCAAGAGCUCGUCAAGAUCUUGCAGCCCGGUGCGAAAUGGAUAUCGUCUAUCGAUGUGCACCCCGGUGGAGACAACAUCAUCGUCGGUACCUACGACAAGCGACUGCUGUGGCACGAUCUCGACCUAUCCAACAAGCCCUACAAAACCCUGCGCUUCCACAAGGAGGCCAUCCGUGCAGUGCGCUUCCACCAGGGAGGUCUACCGCUAUUUGCGGAUGCCAGUGAUGACGGCAGUUUGCAGAUUUUCCACGGCAAAGUUGUGGGCGAUUUGAUGGAGAACGCGACCAUUGUGCCGUUGAAGGUACUCAAGGGACACAGGGUUAAGAGCCGCCUGGGUGUGAUGGAUCUGGAUUGGCAUCCGCGAGAGCCGUGGUGUGUGUCUGCGGGUGCCGACGGGACGUUGAGGCUGUGGAGUUAGAUGGGAUACCAGUGUAGAUCAUGUAGAUCGCAUGGCGGCGUUUUGGCGAGGGAAAAUGAUACAUUUGCGUGCUCAACA